GGGUCUGAGUCUUGGAGAAAGCUGGGGGGGUUGUUUUGUUUUUUUGUUUUGUUUUGUGUGUGUGUGUGUUUUUUUUUUUUUAAGAAGAAAAAAAUAAAGGGAAGAAAAUCCAGCAGAGAAAAGAAGAGAGAGGAAUUCCAGCUGUGGAGGAAUAGAGGAGAAGAAGACAGAUAGAGGAGGAAGAACAGAGAAAUACAUUUCAACCAAGAAGGAGUUUUGAUUUAUUUUAUUUUUAUUUGUUUUAAGGGAAAAAAAUCUAUAAGCAGGAAAAAGAAAGAAAGAAAAAGAAAAAAAGAAAAGAAAAAGCAACUGAGAAGGGUUAUAAAAAGAGCAAAUACCAAGAAGGGUGAACAAGAGAAGAAAGUCAAGGCAAGGAGGAGCCCAAAGCUGGCAGAUCGGGAGGAUUUGCAGGGGAGAAGGGGGGGGAAGAUUGGAAAUGCAGCUCUGGAGUUUGCUGCUGCCUCUUGCGCUUCUCUGUACAGCCCUAGCCAGUGGACCCGAAUGUGGGAUGGACGAGCGCUCCCGCAGGGCAAGAAGGGACACCAGGCACACCCGCCAGCUCCGCUACACUGCCCCGGGCACCUGUGCCACCAGGUUAGCCCGAGGAAGGCGCUCCACUGCUGGUCGGGAGCCUGGGCAUGUCCCCCGCAGGAGGCAACAGCGGGAGGCAGAGGACGAAGAGGAGUCCCUUACCCCAAGCAGGGCGCUCUAUUUCAGUGGACAAGGUGAUCAGCUGCGGCUGAAAGCAGAUAUUGAGCUGCCCAGAGAUGCCUUCACUUUGCAAGUGUGGCUGAAAGCUGAAGGAGGACAGAGAUCUCCGGCUGUCAUUGCAGGACUAUAUGACAAAUGUUCUUACACCUCCCGUGACCGAGGAUGGGUCCUGGGGAUUAACACCGUCAGUGACCAGGGGAAUAGAGACCCCCGCUAUUUCUUCUCUCUGAAGACGGAUCGUGCUCGCAAAGUUACCACCAUUGCAGCACAUCGCAGCUACCUCCCCAACCAGUGGGUGCAUCUGGCUGCCACGUAUGAUGGGCACCUGAUGAAACUCUAUGUCAAUGGUGCCCAGGUGGCCACCAGUGGAGAGCAGGUGGGCAGCAUCUUCAGUCUUCUGACCUUGAAGUGCAAGGUGCUUAUGGUUGGAGGAAAUGCCCUGAACCAGAACUAUCGGGGUUACAUAGAGCACUUCAGCCUCUGGAGGACAGCCCGGUCUCAGAAGGAGAUCUUGUUGGACAUGGGCCAGGCAAUUCACAGACAAGACAUGCCUCUACCUCAGCUAGUUCUUCAAGACAGUUUACUGAAUGUGAAAAACACCUGGUCUCCCAUGAAGGAUGGCAGCAGUCCUCAGAGCAAGUUCAGCUAUCAUCAUGGCUAUUUGCUGGAUACCAGCUUAGACCCUCCUCUCUGUGGACAGACAGUCUGUGACAACACAGACGUAAUUGCUAGCUACAACAAGCUCCCAAGCUUCCGCCGCAACAAGGUUGUUCGGUACCGUGUGGUAAAUUUAUACGAUGACAAGCACCAGAACCCCACUGUCAGCCAGCAGCAGAUUGAGUUCCAGCAUCAGCACUUAAAUGAAGCUUUCAGCCGCUACAACAUCACCUGGGAGCUAGAGGUGCUGGAGGUGAAGAACUCCUCCCUUCGUCACCGGCUCAUCCUGGCUAACUGCGACAUCAGCAAGAUUGGAGACGAGAACUGUGAUCCUGAGUGCAACCACACCUUGACCGGGUACGAUGGAGGGGACUGCCGACAUGUACGCCACACACUCUUCAACAAGAAGAAGCAGAAUGGUGUGUGUGACAUGGAUUGUAAUUAUGAGAAAUACAACUUCGAUGGUGGGGAAUGCUGUAAUCCGGAGAUAACAGAAGUCACCAAGACAUGCUUUGACCCAUAUUCUCCUUACAGAGCUUACUUAGAUGUCAAUGAACUAAAGAACAUCCUCAAACUGGAUGGAUCCACACACCUCAACAUCUUCUUUGCCAACUCCUCUGAGGAAGAGCUGGCUGGAGUGGCAACUUGGCCGUGGGACAAGGAAGCCUUGAUGCAUCUAGGUGGCAUUGUGCUGAAUCCCUCCUUCUAUGGAAUUCCUGGCCACACACACACGAUGAUCCAUGAAAUUGGGCACAGCCUGGGACUCUAUCAUGUCUUCCGGGGUAUCUCAGAGAUCCUCUCCUGCAGUGAUCCGUGCAUGGAAACUGAGCCCUCCUUUGAGACUGGGGACCUCUGCAGUGAUACAAACCCUGCUCCUAAGCACAAGCUGUGUGGGGAUCCUGGACCUGGCAAUGAUACGUGUGGUUUUCACAGUUUUCUAAACACACCGUUCAGUAACUUCAUGAGUUAUGCAGAUGAUGACUGCACCAACUCCUUCACGCCCAACCAAGUGGCCAGGAUGCACUGCUACUUGGAUCUUGUGUAUCAGAGCUGGCAGCCCGCCAAGAAACCGGCUCCUAUUGCAAUUGCCCCCCAGAUUGUGGCUCGGACGUCCACCUCCGUCACCCUGGAGUGGUUUCCACCCAUUGAUGGCCACUUCUUUGAAAGAGAAGUGGGAUCAGCAUGUGAUCUGUGUGCAGAAGGAAGAGUCCUGGUGCAAUACGCGUUCAGUGCCUCUUCCCCGAUGCCGUGUGAUCCCUCAGGACACUGGAGCCCACGGGAAGCAGAAGGGCACCCUGAUGUUGAGCAGCCUUGUAAAUCCAGUGUCAGAACGUGGAGUCCCAACUCAGCAGUCAAUCAACACACAGUGCCCCCAGCCUGCCCCGAGCCUCAGGGCUGCUACCUGCAACUGGAGUUUCGUUACCCUCUGACUCCAGAGUCCCUCACGAUCUGGGUGACAUUUGUUUCCCCUGACUGGGACUCCAGUGGAGCAGUGAAUGACAUCAAGUUGCUGACCAUCAGCGGGAAGAACAUUUCUCUCGGGCCACAGAAUGUCUUCUGUGAUAUCCCAUUGACCAUAAAGCUGGAUGCGGGACAAGUGGGAGAGGAGGUGUAUGGUAUCCAGAUCUACACUCUGGAUGAGCACCUGGAAAUCGAUGCCGCUAUGCUGAGUUCCAUCCCCCACAGCACAUUGUGUGCCGACUGCAAACCCAUCCAGUAUAAAGUGGUUCGAGACCCACCUUUCCAGACUGGUUCCCCAGUCGUCAUCUCAAACCUCAGCAGGAGAUUCAUUGACAUGGAAUUGAGUGAUAGGACCACAUACACAUACCAGCUUGUCAUUGCUUCCGGGACAGAGGAGAGUGAGCCUUCCCCUGCACUUGUGUAUCUCUCUGGAAGUGGAUACUGUGGAGACGGGAUUAUCCAAAUAGAUUUGGGGGAAGAAUGCGAUGACAUGAAUAAGAUCAAUGGUGAUGGCUGCUCCCUAUUCUGCCUGCAGGAAUUAUCCUUUAAUUGCAUCGAUGAACCCAGCAGGUGCUAUUUCCAUGAUGGGGAUGGAGUAUGUGAGGAAUUUGAGCAAAUGACCAGCAUCAAAGACUGUGGCGUUUACACCCCCAAAGGCUUCCUCGAUCAGUGGGCUUCCAAUGUUUCCGUCUCACAUCACAGUGACCAGCAGUGUCCAGGAUGGGUGGUCACUGGUCAGCCAGCAGCAACCCAGGUGUGUCGAACUAAGGUGAUUGACUUGAAUGAUGGCGUGUCUCAGUAUGCCUGGUAUCCCUGCACGGCCAACUUCCAGUAUUCCCACAUGACUCAGACCAUUUUCUGGCUCAAGGCUUAUUUUUCCCAGCCUAUGGUAGCUGCAGCAGUCCUUGUUCACUUGGUCACUGAUGGCACCUACUACCUGGAUCAGAAGCAGGAAACCAUCAGUGUGCAGCUGUUUGACACCAAGGAGCAAAGUCAUGAUCUUGGUGUCCACGUCCUCAGCUGCAGGAACAAUCCCCUGAUUAUCCCCGUGAUCCAUGACCUCAGUCACCCUUUUUAUCACACCCAGGCUGUCCUCAUUAGCUUCAGCUCCCAGUUUGUGGCCAUCUCCGGGGUGGCCCUGCGUUCCUUCCACAACUUCGACCCCAUCACCAUCAGCAGCUGCCAGCGAGGACAGACCUACAGCCCGGCGGAGCAGAGCUGUGUCCACUACUCUUGUGAAGCCACUGACUGCCAAAAGCUGGAGAUUGAGAAUGCAUUGCUGAACUGCACCAGUGGCGGCUGGUACAACGGCGCCCAGUGCAAUGUGAGCUGCCAGACGGGCUACAUUUUGCAAGUCCAGCGAGAUGACGAUCUCAGCAAGAGCCAGAUGGAGUCCAGCAUCACCAUGACUUGCACAGAUGGGAAGUGGAACAAGCAGGUGACUUGUGAGCCUGUGGACUGCGGUGUCCCAGACCAAUACCAUGUCUACCCAGCCACAUUCAACUGCAGCGAGGGGACCACCUUCGGCAAGAAAUGCUCCUUUACUUGCCGACCUCCUGCUCUUCUGAAAGGAAACAACAGCAACCUGACCUGCAUGGAGGAUGGGCUGUGGUCUUUUCCAGAGGCUCUAUGUGAGCUGAUGUGUAGAGCACCCUCCAUAGUUCCUAAUGCAGAUCUUCAGACUACUCGUUGCCGAGAAGAUAAGCACAAAGUGGGAUCAUUCUGCAAAUACAAAUGCAAACCAGGUUACCAUGUCCCUGGAUCCUCCAGAAAAGCAAGAAAGCGAGCCUUUAAGAUCCAGUGCACGCAAGACGGCACGUGGCUGCCAGGCGCUUGUGUGCCUGUUACCUGUGACCCGCCACCUUCCAAGUUUCAUGGGCUCUACCAGUGCUCCAAUGGCUUCCAGUUCAACAGUGAGUGCAGGAUCAAGUGCGAAGAUGAUGACAAUCAGUCGGGCCGUGGUAGCAACGUGAUUCACUGCCGGAAGGAUGGCACCUGGAGUGGCUCCUUUCAUCUCUGCAGGGAAAUGCAGGGCCAGUGUGCUCUGCCCACUCAGCUGAACAGCCACCUGAAGCUGCAGUGCUCCAGCGGCUACGGAAUAGGCACUGAAUGUACCACCUCAUGCUUGGAUCACAGUCAUGAGCCCAUCCUUCUGCGCGUGAAUGAGACUGUGCAAGACAUCCAGCACUGGAUGAACCCUCAAAGAGUGAAGAGCGUUGUCUGCACGGCGGGACUCAAGUGGUACCCUCACCCUUCUCUGAUUCAUUGUGUCAAAGGCUGUGAGCCUUUCAUGGGAGACAACUACUGUGACUCCAUCAACAACCGAGCCUUCUGCAAUUAUGAUGGUGGAGACUGCUGUGCCUCAACGGUCAAGACCAAAAAGGUUACUCCCUUCCCUAUGUCUUGUGAUUUACAAGGAGAGUGUGCUUGCCGGGACCCCAACGCCCAAGAGCACAAUCAAAAAGACCUCCGUGGCUUCAGUCUUGGGUAAUGCCAAGCAACGUGGAAAGGAAGACCACACUGCUCAAGGCAGGCUAGGAGAGACACCGCAUCCCUUUUGGUAUCGUUUUUAACAUUUAGCUGCUCAACUGGAUGGCAUUUCUGCACCAGGGACCCUUAGAAUUCAACCAGUCUGCCUUUAAUUUUUGUCCAAGGAGAACUCAAAGUAGGGGUUUAUGUAUUAACUAUAUCUUAAAUAGUGAUGACAAGAAACAAACAACCAAGAGUCAAGUCAAGAAGACUUUUAUGUAUCAAAACAGCAUGUUAUGCCCACCUAAUCUGAACAGUUUGUAUUUAGAUAUAAGGCGAGAAACAAGCUAUUUAUGUACACAUAUUUAUAGAAGUAAGUAGGGAAAGAGAGAAAGAGUGAGAGAUUAUGAUUGACGCAAAAACACUUUCCCCUCUCCGGCACUCACAACUUAGACCAUUCAUGGAAGAGGCUGUGCUCUUGGAGGACUCCAAGCUGAGCCUUUUCUGAUGCUGAAUGCCAAGGUAUCUCAUGCUCGAGGCACUGAGGUUGGGGUGGGUUCUCCGCAUGGCUGUGCCUCUUGGCAAGUGACUUGCCAGAUGCCCAGCUAGCUUGAAACAUGGGAUGCAUCUGCUCCUCACAGGCAUGCUACUUCCAGCCAGGGAGCUUAGCAGAUUGCAGUGGCCUUUCUGUACAGCUCCUCCUUCUCCCCCUGCCCUCAAAAGGCAAACAAAAAGCCCCUCUCUAGCCUGCCCGGAAACCGGAGGGCUUCUGGGGCAUUUCUGUGUUGAGGCAGGCAGGUGGUCCUGCGGUGGAGCCAGGGAGUGGAGAGUCUAAGGACUGGCAUUGAGGAAUGUGGAUGAUUGCUUCUGAGGAACAGAGAGGGUAACUCACCCCCCGCACUUGUCAUUUGAGCAUGUCUGCUGCUGCUACUCCUGCUGCUAUGUCCCAUACAACUAGUUUCUUUACUGUGUCAGGACAGGGUGAAAACAACCCCAAGCAACCAAACAGUCUGCCUUAAAGCUUACCUACAACCUGCCUUUCAAACCCUCUGGUCUCUUCCUCAGCAUUGGGGCAAGAAAACAGGACACCAGCCAGCCAAAGGAAUCUGCUUUCUGGCCUCCAUCCACCCAACUGGUUCUCUAAACCUCCUCCACUUCCCUUCUGUGGUGGUAUAUAUCUAAUAACUGCUUCAUAUUCCUGUUCUCACAGAAGAGGGGAAAGGGAGGCGGAGACUUUGCUAAGGUGAAAGGACCUCUGGAGACAGUAUUAAAAUUUUGGCCAUAUUUGACAGUAUUAAACUGCUAGGCCUGUGCGUUGGACAUCUUAGAUAGACCAGGAGAGUAGCCACUUGUAAUCUUUCAGAAGGAGUGGCAUUAGCUGAGGCAACCCUCAUACUUCCCUUUUGCAUAGCUCCAUCCUCCUGUUGCAGCCCAGAGGGGCACAGGUUGUGCCAGUCCCGUGGGGAUUCAUUUCACCAUUAGGGUUCAUCAUGUUGAGUCACUGAGAUGCCCAGCGCAUCCAGUGCUGUCACUGCUGCUACAACCCAUUCCACACAGAGCCCAAAGAUCUCUACAGUGUGGCCUGGACUUGUCUCCUGCUGCUUCAGGCUCCUGCUAAAAAAGAGCACACAUCUGAAAAAAUGUCCUUCCAAGUGUUAAUUCUGUCUGUUCUUUGGAAAUCUCCUGAAUUGUGCAGUCUACUGGAUAAAGACAGGUUGGAAAGAAUUUUCUACUCCUGCUUGAUUGAAUAUUUAGGCACUGAAGCAAUGCAGAAAUAUAAGAGGAAUCAUUUAGCUUACAGAGAUGGAUGUAAAAAUGGGUAGCAAAACUAGAAAUGAAAAAUAGACAGAGUUGUAGAUGCAAGAAGCCAGGCUGUUCUCCAAAGAGAAAGGGCCUCGCACACCAUUGGGGUUGUCCCUAUUGGAAUAAACCAGAGAUGAAUCUCAAAAACUAAAAUUCGGAGGCCUGGAGAAGUGAUUGUCAUAAAAAGGUGAAGAGCUCCUGGUUAUGAAGCCCCCUAGUUAUUCCCAGAGUGGGCCUGGCCGUAGGAGCAAUGCAGAUGUCUCUGCCCCCACUGUGUGGGGGGUGUAGAGGAAAGGGAGACACAAUGCGUUCGUGGAUCCUUCCAAGGAACUCAAUUGAACAUCCUCCAGUGUAGAGAGCAUUAGCAAAAAAUUGGUUGUGGGCACAACUUACGCUUUUGCCUCUUGCCCCUCAAAAAGAGCCUAAUUAACAACAAAAGUAAGUGUGAGAAGGUGGCUCCUUUUUGGUCUCCCCUUUUGUGCUGGCACUUUGUUCAUGUGCCAUCCAGCCUACCAGAAGAACUCUCAACCUCAAAUGCAUUUCAAACUGCCGAUACAUCGUGUCCUCAAUAUCCAAGGCAUCUUGGCAUGAUCUUCACCCUCCACCGCCCCUAGGUUCCCCCUAGCCGGGAGUCCACAGCGGUUCAGUGUGAACCCUGCUGGCAGCUCAGUUUGCAAAUUCCCAUUCUCAGUUAUGCAUUUUACCAUGGAGGAGAUUUUCCAUCUGCUUUUCCCACCUAAGACAUUCCCAAGGAGAGACAGAUCUGUAUAAGCAUUAUUGCAACUUGCUGCUGUGGGUUUCUGGGUGCCUUCUGCCCAGACAGGGCCAGCAUCUGCUUGCAGAGCUGGAGUCUUUCUCACCUCAGGGGGAUGUCUUACCAUGGGGGGUGACAGCAGCCUCUCCCCAGCACAGCCUCACACCUCAGCUUCAGCCCUGCAGUACCGGGGGCAACCGCUCACCGCAGCAGUCCCUUCCCCACAGGCAGGCCUUCCAUGCUGCUAUAUAUAUAUGUAUUUUUUCCUGACUGCCAUGUCAACACUGUCCAGCUCCUCUAAUGGGGUGGCAGAACCAGGAGCCAAAGGAAGUGCUGCUUUGAGUCACAUUAAACCCAAUGUCAAUUUUCUGUCAGGGAAUGAUCGCAUUGAGGCAAAGCUGCCCCCCGACCUUGUCCUCUGUGUUUCACCAGGCCCUGGGCUGUGCUCCCAGGUCGGUGAGGAGAGGGGAGCUGCAGGACAUGGACUCCUGGCCAGUCUCUGGACUGGGAGAAGGCCAGCCAGAUGGCAUCCCAGCAUCUACCACUGUAAGGGCCUUGUUAGCCUGAUGGAGUCCCUAGGAAGGACCCUCAGGGACUGAGGAAUAUCGGACCAGGCCCUAUGGGAGUUGAGUGGGACAUCACACCAUCCUCCACCCACCAAGCCGGUGGCAUAGGGUAAAAAUCAAACAAUUGGGUGAGCAGGAGAGGUGCUCAAGCAGAUGAAAUUUAGCUGCUCAUAAAGUCCAGGUCACGUUCGUGCCAAGGGUGUCUCGGGCACUUGUCGUGAGCCAAGGCUGCACCCCACAGGAGCCAUCAGCCAGGCUACUGGUUUCAGGGGAGCAAUGCUGCUCAGCACUGGGGGUCCUGGUGGCUAGCGGAAGGGAAGCUGAAGCAGAAAGCGGUGAAUGGUGCGUGACGGGGUGGGAAAAUCCUAUCAGCUGCUACCCCACUCCCUCCCCACCCUCUCGCAGAUGGGCUGAGCUGGUGUCCUCUUGCUUUUCUUGCAUCUUCCGCUGUCUCCCCCAGGCUGAGAAAGGAGGAUGGCACCAGAGGACUCUUUGGAGUCGGGUUCCAGCUACCUCCCUUCCGGUUUCGGUUUCACUUGGUUGUAACUGUCGGUUUGUUCUAGGUUUUUACCUGUGUUUAAGAAAAAAAAAAAAAAAAGGAAAAAAAAAGAGAGGGGGGGAAAAGAAAACUAACAACUAACAAGUUUCUUGCUGCAACUGGUUCAAGUGGAGGAAAAAAAAACAAUAGUGAGGCUUUACAGAGAGGAAGAAAAGAUGAAAAUACAAAAAUGGAAAAAAAGAAAAAAACAACUACAUAAUCCAAAUACAGAAAGAGCAAAGCCUAUUUUUGUGUGUUUGAAGGGAAAACACUGAUUCUGUCAGCUGAGUAGAGUGCUAGAUACUUAAGUGUAGAUUUCCCUAGAAGUACCGUGAGGUUUUAUAACAUUGUCUGGUUUUGUUUUCCUUGUGCUUUGUGAUAAGUCCAGGAAAUGAGGCUAAGGUGUUUUUUUCCCCUGGUAUAUUGUUGUUUUGGGGGAGGGGGUGGGGAAGGGAGUUUAUUAUUUUUUUCCAGAUUAUUUUUUUAAGUGUGUAUUUGUGCUUAUUUUUACAUUAUCCAACUGUACAUAUGCAUUUAACCAGUAUUUCACUGUGCUCUAAUUACUGCACUCAGAAGCACUGCACAGUCUGAAUCCAGAACAGCUAGAGAGAGCCUGGGAGCGAGAGGGAAGGGGAGGGGAAAGCUGCUAUAUGAUCAGACAGGUGAUUUCCAUUAGCGGGGAGCGGGACUGCAAACCAUGCCCUUCCCAAACUCCAGCCCAUCGUUUCCAUUAGAGGCCAAGCUAGAAGACAGGAGGGGACUGGGUGAGGUCUGCUGAGGCUGGGAUGGCCGAGGGGCUUUCAGAGCUGGGAGACCAUCCUCUGAACUUGGGACUCCUUGGAAAUUCCUGGCCGAGGGUCCUGAUGCACCCUUGCCAUCAGCUGACCUGGCGGGUUGUGCACACUGGAGCCUUGGGGGAUGAGGCUGGUCCCACCAGAGGACUUCAACCACUGGGUUCAGUGGGAACAUGACCAAGACCCAAGUGGGAGCAGGUCUGGGUGGCUUGAGACGUAUUGCCUUGGAGCUACAGCUGAUGUGGGCAAUAGGGGGUUGGUAGUGGACUGUUCCUGCCAUCCCAGGAACCAACAUUCAAAACCUCUGGUCAUUUUAGCAGGAGCAAAGUGGAGUUUAAGGUUUUGUUUCUGUCUUAGUUUGGCAAACUGAAUUUUCCCCUUUUCACCUGAUCUACCGAUCCAAGAUUUACUGAGAAAAUUAAUCGCUUCCUCUAAGGCCAGAAACAAGAGCUUAAGUUGUCUUCACAUGUUAGAUGAGGAGUCUUGGUGCUACUUGUUGGUGUUAUUGGUCCUGUCGUUAGACCGAGACGCUGAGCUAAUGAGUCAAAAUUGUCUUUGGUUCCCAUUCUGGUUCGGUUUGGCUUGGUCGUUUUUUUUCUUUUUCGUUCAUUUGGUGAGGCCACACUUCAGCCACCAGUUUCCAUCUUCUGAGUGCAAAGAACCAGGGCUUUAAUGAAACAUUUCACCAGCAAUUAAAGAGGGAAUCGGAACCAUUGCGGAGUUUGCAUUGUACGGCCUCUGUAAUUACUUACCUGUCUGCAGAUGAUAGGCUGAAUUUUGCUCCCAUCCAAGUCAACAGGGUUUUUUGUUGUCGUUGUUGUUGACGUCACUGGGAGCAGGAUUGAGCCAUACUAUAUAUAUAAAUAUAUAUAUAAAUAUAUAUAUGAUAUAUAUAUAAUAUUAUAUGUGUAAUAUUAUAUAUAUAUAUCAGUGUAAUAUUUACAAAUAAAACUGUGAUCUCGUCUAGAGAAAAAUGUAUUCAUAUUACCAACUGCUCUUCCAUAUUUAUGUAUCAUAUUGUAUCUUUUUAUUAUUGUUAUAAUUAUUAUGAUUAUUAUGGUUAUUAUUAUUAUUAUUAUGGAAUCUUUCUUGGCACCUUUUGGAAGCCACGUCAACCAAUAAUCCAAUGAAGUGCUGAGGAUCUAUUUUCACAAGAAUUCUACUGGUCUACUGUAUAAAAGAGAAAAGAAAAAAAAAAAAGAAACAAGCAAAAUACAGUUCAACCCUUAAUUCUGUACCUCACGCCUGUACGUUUGCUGCUCCGAUUUUGGGUUUUAUUUUGCGUUCGUUUGUUUUUAACGGAUCUAAUUUAAGUCUCCAAGCAAUAUAUAAAGAUGUAAAUAGUAAAGCUUAUUUAUUAAGAUUGUCAUCUUUUUUAAUUUAUAUUUACACAAUUGUUCAUCUAAUUUAUUUUUUUUUCAAUACAGUUUUUAACAGUUUUCCUUUUUGGUUCAUGAGGUUUUUUUUUUUUUUUAAUCAUUUUUCACAGAAUUUCUUUAUACAGGUUUUUUUUUUCUUCAAAUAAACAACAGCUUCCUCUGGUCUUUCAAAAACAGGUCAUGUUUCACUCCAGAAAAGUUAUGUCAGAUUCAUCAGAAAUAUUUUGCCAUUGUUGAUUCCUAUACCCUAAAGUUCUAUAUUAUAUAAAUAUACAAUACCUUGUAUGCUUAAAUAUUUAACUGUGUGAUUUUGUAUAUAUCUUCAUACACAUGCUCACACACAUAUGAGGGUUAAUGUCCCCCAAUGCUGGGAGAACAGAGAAUCAGAAAACACGAACAAUAUAAGCUUGUAUUAAAGAGUUCUGAACUGGA